AUGCCACGGCAAUCUCGGAUGUUCAUGUGGACCCUUGCUGUUUUCCACAACGUAAGCAAAGAAAGGUUCGAGGCCAAGGUCGAGCUCAUGAGGAGCUCCGGGUGGUCGGAGUCGGAGUUUUCUUCUGCAGCCAGGAAAGCACCCACCUUCUUAUGCAUGUCCCUCGAUAUGAUGCGCAGAAAAAUGGAAUUUUUUAUCAAUAUAGUCGGGUACACCCCUUCCUUCAUCGCCUCCCAACCAAAUAUCUUGCUAUAUGGUCUGCAGAAGAGGGUAAUUCCUCGGUUUCGUGUUUUGGAGUUGUUGAAUACGAAAGGCUUGGGGACUCGACGAGGCAAGUUUUUCCACUAUGUGCAAUUAUCAAAUACAAAAUUCCGGGAGAAGAUUGUUCUACCUUACAAAGAAAAGGUUCCUGAGCUUCUUGAUAUUUUGAGAGCAGGUGAGUGUGAAGGGAAAUGA